AUGCGCAUAGUGGAUAAGUGUUUGCAUGUUAACAGGAAAUCUUUCCACAGUAUCAACGUUCAGAUGAUCUGUGAUGCUGACUGCCUUAUCACAAAUUUAGAGGCAAAGUGGCCUGGCUCGGUCCAUGACUCCAGAGUCUUUCGGGCCAGUAGAAUUUACCAGAGACUCUCACUAGGUGAGUUCUCUGGUGUGCUGCUAGGAGACAAAGGCUAUGCCUGUGAGACGUUCCUGUUGACCCCCAAACUCCAGCACAGCAGGCUUACAACCAUGCCCAUGCCAGAACGAGGGCUCGAAUCGAAAUGACCUUCGGCCUCCUGAAAUCACGAUUUCAGUGCCUGCACCACCUGAGGGUCUCCCCAGACAGGGCCUGUGACGUGACUGUUGCCUGCACAGUGCUGCACAAUAUUGCCAGCCUAAGAAAAGAAAGGGCUCCCAGAGUUGCUUUGGAUAUUGACUGGGACAAUGCUGCCAUCUUCCCAGAUAACAUAAAUGGUAGACUGGUCAGAGAACAAUAUAUAGCAAAUUAUUUCAGUUAAUUUUGUUUUGAUUUCGCCUAUCCUUUAAUAAAGCAUAAUGUAUGUCACUCUUUCAUGUGUGCAUGCAUUUUGUUUGACAUUAGUAGCACACACUGUGUGGUUAUCUUCCCAAAUUCUAGUUCCAAUUCACUGGAUCAAUAACUAUAUAGUGUACUGGACAUUAAUGAAAAAGGUACGAGACCACAAUGUUUUUGUAUUUUUUUUUAUUUUGCUGUCAUCACUUGUCAGCUUGGAGCUUUUGAGAGAAAAAAUAACGAUGAUUAAUACAUUGUGCAGUCAUGGUUGCAGUGUGAACUGAAAUCACUUACUUCUCUCUCUAGUUUCUGGAUUUCCAAGUCCAGUUUCCUCAGUGUCUUGCGUUUAAUUUCCAUCUCAAGGUCCAUGUCCUGCAGCUUUCUCUUGUUCACUUCGAUCUUGCCCUCUGCCAGCUCUAUCUGUCUCUUAAGAUGCAUUGUGUAGAGACGUCUGACAGUUUGUGAAUUCUGUAAAACACCUAUCAAUUAGCACAGCGGGAUUUGUGCAUAAUGUAGGUUUACUUUAGGCAAUACUCACUAUGUUACUAGGCUGCUUAUCAGGCUGCACAGUGUC